AUGAGGCUGGCCAUAUUUUUGUCCACUUUAUUAAGCUUUUUGGUUGAGCUUAAAAAUGCUGCCCCAAGUAAUCCGCCCCGACCGACAAUCAGCCUUGACUAUGCCCAAUAUCAAGGGACGAGACUCCCGGGUGGAGUAGAUCAAUAUCUGGGCAUGCGAUAUGCAGCGCCACCGCUAGGAGGACUUCGCUUCCGGGCCCCUCGAGAGCCCGUUCGAGCGUCUUCCGUCCAGGAUGCAUCGGUGUUUGGCCCAGUAUGUGUAGGUACCGGCCAGAAUGUCACUGAAGCCACAGCCGAAGAUUGUCUCUUCAUCAAUGUUUUUACCCCAUCCAAUGCCACACCAGCAUCCGACCUCCCUGUCUGGGUGUAUAUCCAAGGCGGUGCAUAUGCGACAAAUUCAAAUGCAAACUACAAUGGUACCCAGGUGAUCCAGGAAUCCGGGCAUGGAAUUAUACUGGUCAAUUUCAAUUAUCGUGUGGGAGCAUUGGGCUUUCUAGCUGGUCAAAAGGUCCAGCAAGACGGUGAUCUCAAUGUCGGCUUGCUUGAUCAGCGGAAAGCCCUACAAUGGGUGAAGAAGUACAUUAAUCUGUUUGGCGGUAAUCCAAAUCAUGUUGUCAUUCAUGGUGCGUCGGCCGGCGCUGGCUCGGUGGCCUACCAUCUUGCAGCAUACGGGGGCCGCAAUGAUGGUCUUUUCGUUGGGGCAGUGGCUGAGAGUCCGUUCUGGCCUGCUCAAAGGAAUAAGUCUGAAUCCGAGACACAGUGCAGUCAAUUCAUGGAGGCUGUCGGAUGCUCGACGAUGUCGUGUUUGCGAUCUGCCAACAUCACCGCCAUUCAGAAAGCACAGGCUACUUCACCAGAUCCAACGGAUCCCACACGUACAACGCCCUCCUUCUGGGAGUUCGUCCCAGUUGUCGACGGGACUCUUAUCCAGGACCGUCUAUAUCCACUAUUUGCACAGGGAAAAUUCAUCCGUGUUCCUUUGAUUGUUGGCGGAGACACCAACGAAGGCUCCUACUUCGCAUACAAUGCCACGAGGCCGGCCGAUAUAUCCGCGUUCCUGACUAGUCUCUACCCUAGUCUAAGCUCAAACCAACUACAGUCGAUCAACCGCGCCUAUCAGGGAAUGGAGUCCGUUCCGCUACAUGCAGAAUACUUCCCUGCCGCUUCCGCCGCGUUUGGAGAUGCCGUCUUCACCUGUCCAGGCAUACAUAUGAGCACUCGAGUGGCAGGAUCCUACCCGGUGGGUGGUGAAAAGGUUUGGAGCUAUCGAUAUAAUGUCCAGGAUCCCGAAACGCUUAAAAAGGGGCUGGGAGUCCCCCAUACCUUCGAGACGGAGGCCAUUUUCGGACCGGACUACGGAGGCGGACUUAGCAGCAGCAUUACCAAUAUCAACGCUGGAAUUGUUCCUGUUGUCAUGAAUUAUUAUAUCAGUUUUGUGAAGACGUUGGAUCCUAACAGUUUCAGAGCAGAAGGUACAUCUUACUGGAUGCCAUGGGGGACAGGAGAGAGGCUGAAGAUACAGACAAAUCAGACGGCAAUGGAGGUCAUUCCAGGAACUCAACAAGAUCGGUGUGUACUAUGGGAAAUGUUGGCUCCUGUCAUGGACGUUUAG